UGAAGCACUUACCAGAAGUCACCCGCCGCGACACCACGCGCACUGUCGAACUCCCAUCCUCGUGGGUCCCACCGUUGUUCUUUCUCCCGGUCCUCGUCCCGGCUGCCUCUCCCGACUCUUCAGCCUUCCAUUUCCGCGCACGAACACACUCUGACCCUAACCACCUUCUCCGUCGCUCUCUUCCGUAUCUCCGAUGCCGCCCUUCUUCUCCCUUGCCGCCCUUCGCCUUCGCCCCCUCCCGCCGGUUUCCGCCGUCCUACGCCGCGCCCGCGCCCCCUUUCACGCCGGCUCCUUUGCCGCGCUCUCCUCCCGUGAGAAACCCCGUAGGCCCGCCCCCGAUAAGAACGUCCUCAAGGCCAGGGACGUCGUCAAGGACCUCCCCUCCGCCACCUCCCCCCUCGACUCCGACGACGACCGCCGCCGCCACCUCCUCCCCUCCCAGGCCGUCGGCCUCGUCGCUGCCGCCCAGGCUAAUUUCAUGCGCGUCAUCGUCGUGUCUGCCGGCGGGGAGCCCGAGAGCCGUGGAUUCCUCGGGAGCGACCCCCGGGUGGGGCGGGAGCUGCUCUGCGUCGUCAGGGCUCUGCUCAAGAAGAUCAAGAGGAGGGUCCUUGUCGGUGACAGGGUUCUCGUCGGUUCCAUUGACUGGGCCGAACGGAGGGGGAUGAUCGAGGACGUAUUUAAGAGGAGCUCUGUGAUCUUGGACCCGCCGGUCGCCAAUGUGAAUCACCUACUGGUCCUCUUCUCGAUGGAUCAGCCAAAGCCGGAACCGUUCACGCUAACCCGGUUCUUGGUUGAGGCGGAGUCCACCGGGUUGCCGCUCACGUUGGCGAUGAACAAAUCGGAUCUUGUUGGCGAUGAGACUUUAUCUGCCUGGAAAGAAAGGCUACAUGGAUGGGGCUAUAAGCCACUAUUCUGCAGUGUUGAUCAGAAAUCUGGAUUAGCUGCUCUUGAAGACAGACUGAAAAGGCAAACGACUGUAGUUGUUGGUCCAAGUGGUGUUGGGAAGUCCAGCCUUAUCAAUUCCUUGAGGCUCACCCUGAACAUUUCUGAUGAAGAGAAAAUAAAUAAGUUUCUUGAGCAUUACGAAAGAAGUAAGUGGCUAGGAGAACAGCGUGUUGGCAAUGUGUCUAAAAGCGGCAGAGGAAAGCAGACAACACGACAUGUUUCUUUACUUCCACAAUCUGGUGGAGGCUACCUUGCUGAUACUCCUGGCUUUAACCAGCCGAGUUUGUUGAAAGUUACAAAGAAAUCUCUUGCAGAAACAUUUCCAGAGAUCAGACAGGUGCUUAGUGCUAGUGAACCCCUGAAAUGUGCAUUUAAUGACUGCUUACACCUUGGCGAACCUGGAUGCAUUGUCAAGGCAGACUGGGAAAGAUAUCCAUACUAUGUGCAGUUGCUUGACGAGAUCAGAAUCAGAGAGGAAUUCCAGUUACGGACAAUAGGAACAAAGAGAGAAAGUGAUGUGAGGUACAAGGUGCGUGAGAUGGGUGUCAAACAAGCAGAACCACGACUUGAGCUUAAAAGGCACAGGAGGAUAUCAAGGAAGCGUCUCAACCAGUCUAUACUAGAUGAUCUCAGUGAUCUUGAUGAACUCGAGGACUACUAGUCAGAUGCUGAGGGAAGUGCUAGAUGAGGCUGGAUUCAGAUAGAUCUAAAUGAAAGUCCAGGAAGGCCAUUGCCACAAGUCCAUUUUGUGUAAAUACUAAAUAGUGGGACUAGGACAAUGCCUUUUGUAUAUCUUCUGUUCUGUUGUAGCCUUGUGGUGAUUAGCAACUACGACUGUAGGACACUUACUCUGCUUACAAAAUAAUAUUGCACAUGAAAAAAAUUUUCCCGCAA